AUGUCCGAAGUUCAAAGCCGAUCGUCUGCGCGCGGCAGAGUAUCCUCCCGUGGUGGCCGUGGUGGCUUCAGCUCUAGAGGUGGCCGUGGUGGAAGCACCAGAUCUGCGAAUGCCGACAACUCAGACGCUCCCUCAUUCGAAGAGGGUGAGAUUGGACAAAUGAGAAAGAAGUACUCCGACACUCUACCCACUCUUAAGGAGUUGUUCCCAGACUGGAAGGAUGAAGACCUCAUUUUCGCCCUGGAAGACUCGAAUGGCGAGCUCGAGGAUGCAAUUGUGCGCAUUACCGAAGGCAACGUGUCUCAGUGGGGAGAGGUCAAAAAGGCCACAGACCGAACUCGACCCAAGCCCAAGGAAACCCAGAACACCCAGACCGAGCCUGCUUCAGCUUCCGUCCGAGGUGGACGUGGUCGUGGCGGAUUCGAGAGCCGUGGACGUGCCCGUGGAGAUCGGGGUCGUGGCGGCCGUGGUGGUCGCGCAGGUGCCCAGACUGCAAAUGGAACCCGCACAACUACCAGCGCUACGGAGCCCGCAGCAACUGUCCCGGUGACGGAACCCGUGGCUCCCAAGGUGGGAGGAGAGGUUGAACAACCUGCGGCUGGUGAGACCACACAGUCGGGCGAAGUGAAGCCCAGUGUGAUCCCUGAGGCCGGCCCCAAGAAGGGGGGCCUCUUUGCCAAACCUGCACCUGCACCAGCUCCGCUCCAGAAGAAGGCCCCGACAGCAGCUCCUGUGCCUGCGCCCGCCCUCGAAAAGCCCGCUGAGCCUCUCACCGAGCAGAAGAAGGCUCCUGAACCCGCUCCCGUCCCUGCCCCCGUCCCCGCCGCCGCCUCCCAGAAGACCCCCGUUGCGAAGCCUGCUCAACCCGCUAUCCCUGCCAUCCCCGUUGCGGCCCCGAAGCUACCCACCGAUGACUUGACCGAAACAAACCUCGAACAAAUCCCCGAUGUCUCUGCCCCUGCCCCUACCGCGACUGCUGCCAGCACCGUUGGCAGUGCUCUCGACCCGUCCUUGGCAGCCAACGUCACUCCCUCCCGCGCCCCUCAACCUGGUCUCCCCGGCAGUGCAUUGAAGCAUGGCCGUACUCCUGGCUUCCAGCGCCGUGUCAUGGAGCAGCAGCAGGCUGUGGUUAUGCCUGGUAACCAUGCUGUGGACCGUGCCGCCGUUCAGUUCGGUAGCAUGGGCCUGAAUGGUGAUGCUGUCGAUAUUGACGAGAACCGCGAGGAGGCCGAGACCCGUGCUCAACCUCCCCAACACUCUCCUGUCGCUCCUCGGGCUUCUUUGCCUCCUUCAACCCAGGGAGCUGGCGAGACAACUGGCGCCGCUCGCCCCGCACCUGGCCUUCCUCCCGUUCCUCAAGCCUCUGCCGCCGAGUCUUUCGGUGACUUCUCACGCUUCGCGGAUCCCUUCAGCCAGCCCCAGCAGCAGAUCCAAGAGCCUUUCGCCAACCAGGCUCCCGCUCAGCCCGCUGCCACCACUGGCGCCGAUUACUCCUCCUUCUACGCCUCCGACCAGCGGUUCCCCUACUACAACAACUAUGGCAACUAUGGUCAGACCCAGGAUGCCGGUGCCCGGGCUGGUGCUGGAUUCGGUGUCUCUGCUGCUGAGGCUCAGCCUCAAAUCCCCACUACUCAACCCCCCCGGCCGCUACGUGGCCACAACACUCCUAACCCGACUCUGCCUGCCACCACCCAGACUCCUCAGCAGAUGCCAGGCCAGGCCGCUCACGGCUAUGGCUACAACUACCCCUACUACCAAAACAACCCCCAUUACGCUUCGUACAUGAACCAGAUGAACCAGCAGCACCAGUACGGCCGGAACCGCCCAAUGUAUGAUGACGCCCGCCGCUACGAGGAGCAGCAGCAGCAGCAGCAACAGCAGCAGCACUACGGUAUGCCGCACAACAACCAAUACGGUUACGGCAGCCAGCAGUACGGCCCCUACGGUGGCAAGGGCGGAAUGUAUGGACAGCAGCCCCACGCCUUCUCCUACGACCACACCUCCCCUGCAAACGCCGGCUCCUUCAACCAGGGCAUGCCCGGUCGUGACUCUGUCUAUGGCCGCACUGGCUCGACUCAACCCUCCGACACCCAGCAAUCUGCCACCGGCUCCAACACCUUUGGCUCUGGCAUGACUGAUGUCUUCGCGCAGCCCCAGGCCGGAUUUGGCCGUACCGCUCCUGUCACCCAGCAGCCCCCUGUGAGCACCGAGGAGACCAAGGGCUUCGAUGCCUCCAAGACUGGUGGACCCAGCCCGUCGCUUGCUCAGGCAAACCGCCCCGGCUCUGCUACCAACAGCAUCCCUGGUCAGCCCCAGGCUCAGACCGGCCUUCCCCCGCUGCAGGGUCAGCAGGGACAGCAGGCUUUCGGCAACUACCCUAACCUGAACCCCCAGUAUGGUGGACUUAGUGGCCUUGGCGGUCACCAGGGUGCGGCCUCGCAGACUCACCAAGCUUCCGGCUACGGUAACUACGGCGCGGGUUUCAGUAACUACUACGGAAACAGCAACCGCGGUGGCUGGGGUGGCAACUAUGGCCACUAA